CCCCCCGCGCCCGGCGCCGCCAGUGAAGGGAGCGUCCGCCGCCAUGGACUGACCGCCCGCCCCUGUCCGGCCCGGCCCCCGCCCGAGCUGACACCAUGAACCAGCUCAUCCUUUGCACGCUGCUUCUCUUGGCCCCCCGGGAGCUGGUUGGGGCCUGUCCUGCAGGCUGCCAGUGCCAAGACCCCAAGACCAUCCUGUGUGCAGCCAGACGGGGCCAGACUGUGCCCCGGGGGCUGCCCCCCAACACCCUCUCCCUCUAUGUCUUUGAGAAUGGCAUCACGAUGCUCAAUGAGGACAGCUUUGCGGGCCUGCCCUCCCUCCAGCUCCUGGACCUCUCACAAAACAAGAUCACCAGCAUCCAGAAAAACAUCUUCCAGCCCCUGACGGAGCUUGUCAACUUGGACCUGUCCUCCAACCAGCUGCAGGAGAUCACCAAUGAGACCUUUCAUGGGCUGCGGCUGCUGGAGAGGCUCUACCUGCAGAAGAACAGGAUCCAGCACAUCCAUGCCACUGCCUUUGACACGCUAGAGAACCUGCUGGAGCUGAAGCUGCAGAACAACCAGCUCUGGGUUGUGCCCCCUCUCAACCUGCCCAACCUCCUGCUGCUGGACAUCAGCUGGAACAAGAUCCCAGCCAUUGCAGCGGGGGCUUUCCACGCUGUCAACAUCGAGUCCCUGAAGAUCGCGGGGCUGGGCCUGACGAGCUUAAACGAGGAGCUCUUCCAGGUCCAGAACAACCUCCACGAGCUGGAUGUCUCUGACAACCUGCUGGAGCGUGUCCCAGCGGUGCUGCGGCGGCUGGGGAGCCUCACCAAGCUCAGCCUGGCUGGCAACGCCCGCAUCUCCCAGCUCCUGGCCGAGGACUUCCACAACCUUCACAACCUCCAGGAGCUGGACAUCAGCAACCUCAACAUCAACACCAUCCCUCGGGAUUUUUCCACCUUCUUCCCCAGGCUGCGGGCAGUGACGGCUGCCGGCAACCCCUUCAACUGCAUCUGCCAGAUGAGCUGGCUGGUGCAGUGGGUGAACGCCACCGGCGUGCUCCUCCGGCGGCCCGAGGAGACGCGCUGCCACUUCCCCCCAAAAAACUCUGGCAAGCUCCUCCACCACCUGCAGUAUGCAGACUUUGGCUGUCCCACCACCACAACCACCACGACCACCCCACGCACCACCACGCCGACGCCGCCUGCCCCGCUCCCUACCAGCAGCCCCCCCGUGCCACAGCCCAGCACCGCUGCUCCCACCCCGGGGGCUGGGGCUCCCCAGAGCAGCUCCACACCAGUGCCCUUCAGUGGUCCCCCGGCACACACCAGUCCUCCACCACCAAUCUGUCCACCUCGCACGUGUCUGAAUGGUGGCACCUGCCACCUGGGUCCCCAAAACCACCUGGAGUGCCUGUGCCCAGCGGGCUUUGCUGGGACCUACUGCGAGGUGGAGGCGAUGGGGACGACGCCGUCCCCAGCAACGCCGUCCCCACCGCCCGGCCGGGGGAUCAGCAUCGUGCAGGUCGGCAGCACCUCUCUCAAAGUGGACUUGCAGAACUACGUCCAGUCCAAAGCACAGCUGAAGGGCAUCCGCCUGAGCUACCGAAACCUCUCCGGGCCGGACAAGCGGGCGGUGAUGCUGCGUUUGCCAUCUUCCCUCUCCGAAUACACCGUGCGGGCGCUGAAGCCCAACUGCACCUACCGCGUCUGCAUUGGGCCCCUGGGGGAGAAGGUCUCCAAGGAGGAGCACUGUGCCGAGGCACAGACCCUGCCGGUGAGCCACCAGCAGCACUCCCCUGUCACCCAGGGCAAGGACAGUAACCUCACCCUGAUGAUCGUCCCCGCGCUGGCCGCCGUGCUGCUGCUGGUGGUGCUGGUGACUGCCGGCACCUACUACCGUCGGCAUCGCCGGGCCAAGGCCCACGCCAGUGCCGGGGUGGACGCCAGCCCGCUGGAGCUGGAAGGGGUAAAAGCCUGCCUGGAAAAUGGGGAUUUGGGCAGCCACGGCCACAAGGUGCCAGAGCCCGCCAUGCUUUCCAGCGGCUCCGAGUGUGAGGUCCCACUGAUGCAGUCUCACUACCCCAGCAACAACAACACCCCGGGGCUCAAACCCUCCUACUUCUGAGCCAGGAGGGAUGGGGCUGCCAGAGAGGGGUGCCUGGCACAGACCAGGGCUGAACUCCGGCUGCGUCCCUUCAGGGUGAGGAGUUAACUGAAUUAAGGCAGAAAAAACCCAAACCCGUAACUUGCAAUUUCAGAGAGGCUGCCACAAUUUGGGAGGAGAUGCUAAUUUUACCACUCAGUGCCUUGAUUUCUGUGACUCAACACAGAACAUGGGCAGCGAAACAGAGGGGGUUUGGGUUUUUAAUGUGGGGUCUGGGGGGGCUGUUUUUAGCUAUUGCUGAAAAGAAAGCCGCCGGUGACUCAGCUAAGGGACAUCCACGUGCUGGUAACAAGGGUCCUUUAGCAGAGCACGGGCUGUGACUCUCAACUCCCUGGAAGCUGAUGUGAGCAAUAAGGCCUGGACGAGGUGCUGGGACCCUCGGGACCCCCGGGCUGAAGGAAGUGCCGAGCAGGCAAACCGGGAAUUGAAGCUUUAAGAACUCAGAGAGUAUUUAUACACGGUUAUUUCCCAUUUCUUCUGGGAAAGCUUUUUUUUUUUUUUUUUCCAGUACAGGUUUGUGUACAUCUCUUUUGUAAGGCAGACCAGAAGGGCAUCCUUUUUGUAAAAAAAAGAAAAAAAAAAAAA